ACAAAAGUUUUUUAAAAAAGAGUGUCAAGACAACAAAGAUCCAUCUCUCCCAAAUUCACAAUUACUUACCUUCUUCAUUCUCAAAACAAGGAACAUCUUUUAUUCCCUCUCAGAUGAUUUUGUUUCUUACGGUUGAAGAGAUGAUGGAUAUGAACCGAUCCCGGAGGUUGAACUUCAAUGCUCCAUUCUUGUCGACCAAACGACAUGUCACCCAAGAGAAGCUUCCUGGUCAGUUUCCUGAAGCUUCAGUUCCGUUUUGCUGGGAGACCGCUCCUGGGAUGCCCAAGAACUCGUCUAAUUUGAAAAAUGACCCUGAAUCUGAAACACCACGUCUCAAACUACCUCCUGGAAGAUUAAAGGUUAAUGGUGAAAACGACGACUUUGAUGACGCCAGUGAGGGCUUAACACCAGCUAGAUUGUUGCGANACAGAAACUGA